CGCGUCCACGCACGCCACGCUCGGGCCCCGCCCACUCCCUGCAGGACGCGUCCUCAGAGCGCCCCAAGGAGGCUCCGCAGCGGAUUUCGGGUGACGUCAUUUCCGGCGACUCUCCGGCGCUUCCGGCGUGACUCGUUGGUUCCGGCGAGCGGCGAGCGAGGGUGAAAGUGACUUUGAGAACUGGUUAAUUAGCAUGGCUGAGGACAUCAAGUCGAAGCUGGCUCGUUACAAGACCGCGCCCUUCGACAGUCGCUUCCCCAACCAGAACCAGACCCGGAACUGCUGGCAGAACUACCUGGACUUCCAGAGGUGCCAGCGCGCCAUGGCCGCCCGCGGUGCCGACGCCAGCCCGUGCCAGUGGUACUUCCGCGUCUACAAGUCGCUGUGUCCCACGUCCUGGGUGACCACGUGGGACGAGGCCCGCGAGGAGGGGACCUUCCCCGGCAAGAUCUGAGCGUCCCCACCCCCCCCGGGUGACACCAGUGACACCGCGGUGACGCCACGGGGGAGGGGAGGGGACACCGGUGACACCGCGGCGGGGGAGGGGAGGGGACGCGGCUGUCACCCCCCCCCCGGGGAGGGGACAGGCGGUGGCACCGCCAAUAAAGGGUUAAAAACUGG